CCCCCCCCCCCCCCCUGUGGAUUUAUGGUCUGUUUGAAGAACUAUACGGUGGGAUAAAAAAGGAGGAUCUCUCUUGAAUCUCGACUGGAGGAAUGUUGGUGCAGACCCUGUACCUAAUAUCACUGCCCGCCCUGGUAUCAGGUUUGAAUUGCUACAUCCACUGCCUGAAUGGAGGCAAAUGUAGCCGCAAUCCUAAUGGUACUGAGGUUUGUCUGUGCAGUCCGGGCUACCUGGGAGAUCGGUGUCAGUUCCAUGAUCCCUGCCUCAGCUCGCCCUGCAAGAACGAGGGGACGUGCAACACCGUUGUCCAUGGCCAGACCGUCGACUACAGCUGCAGCUGCCGGCUGGGGUUCACCGACCGCCUAUGCCUCACCCCCCAGGACAAUGCCUGCCUCAGCCGCCCUUGCCGCAACGGGGGCAGUUGCCAGCUGACAACCAGCCGUCGGGAGUACAAGUGUCGCUGUCCCCCUGGAUGGGCAGGCAAGCAGUGCCAACAGGCGGACCCGUGUGCCUCCAACCCCUGUGCCAACGGUGGGCAGUGCGUGGCGUUCGAAGACUACUACAUCUGCAGGUGCACCUCGGGAUUCCACGGGCCCAUCUGCAAGCAGGACGUCAACGAGUGCGGCAUCUCACCGUCGCUCUGCGGCAACGGCGGCACCUGCCUGAACGAGAUCGGCUCCUACCAGUGCACCUGCCCCCCCGAGUACACCGGCCGCCGCUGUGAGGAUCGCUACGUGCCCUGCGCACCCUCGCCUUGUCAGAACGGAGGCACCUGCCGACCCCUGGGUGAAGCCCACUACGACUGCACCUGCCUGCCCGGUUUCUCGGGCCAGCACUGCGAUGUAAAUGUGGACGACUGCCCGGAGCACCAGUGCAAUCACGGCGGCCUGUGUGUGGACGGGGUGAACACCUACAACUGCCAGUGCCCCCCAGAGUGGACAGGCCAGCACUGUAUGGAGGAUGUGGAUGAGUGUCAGCUGCAGCCCCAUGCCUGCCAGAAUGGAGGCACCUGCCACAACAACAACGGGGGCUACAACUGUGUGUGUGUCAACGGCUGGACUGGGGACGACUGCAGUGAGAACAUUGACGACUGUGCCAACGCUGCCUGCCACGCUGGGGCCACCUGCCACGAUCGCGUCGCCUCCUUCUACUGCGAGUGUCCCCAUGGCAAGACAGGCCUGCUGUGCCACCUGGACGAUGCGUGUAUCAGUAACCCGUGCCACGAGGAAGCCAACUGCAGCACCAACCCCGUCAACGGCAAGGCCAUCUGCAUGUGCCCAGCUGGCUUCUCCGGAACCGCCUGCAAGCAAGAUGAUGACGAGUGUUCCCUCGGCUCCAAUCCCUGCGAACACUCAGGGAAGUGCAUCAACACCCUGGGCUCCUUCAUGUGCCAGUGCCUGUCCGGGUACCACGGGCCUCGGUGCGAGCUGGACUUCAACGAGUGCAUGUCCAGUCCCUGUCAGAACGACGCCACCUGCCUCGACCUGAUUGGGAGGUUCCAGUGCAUUUGCAUGGCCGGUUACACGGGACUGUACUGUCAGAUUGAUACCGAUGAGUGUGCCAGUAAUCCGUGCUUGAACAAGGGCAAGUGUAUCGACAAAAUCAACGAAUUUGAGUGCGAAUGCCCUUCAGGAUUCAAUGGUAACUUGUGCCAGAUCGAUGUGGAUGAGUGUGCAAGCACACCGUGCAAGAACGCAGCCAGGUGUGUCGAUGGACCCAACAGAUAUCACUGUGAAUGUUUGGAAGGCUUCACGGGUCCCCUUUGUGAGACUAACAUCAACGAGUGUGAGGUGGACCCCUGUCACUACGGCGAGUGCAAGGACGGAGACGCCACCUACACCUGCGUGUGCGCUGCGGGAUACACGGGCCGGGUGUGUGACAUCAACAUCAAUGAGUGCCAGUGCCAGCCGUGCCAGCACGGGGGCACCUGCCAGGACAGAGUGGACGGGUACACCUGCUCCUGCCUCAAGGGCACCUCAGGUGUGAACUGUGAGACCAACCUGGAUGACUGUGCCAGCAACCCCUGCGAGUACGGCAACUGUAUAGACCAGAUCAACAGCUACGACUGUGUCUGUGAGAUGGGCUACACUGGGCCCAUGUGUAACGUCAACAUCGACGAGUGUGUGUCGAACCCCUGUCACAACGGAGGGACGUGCCAGGAUGCGAUCAACAGCUUCACCUGCAUCUGCCCCGAGGGCUACCACGACCUGGUGUGCUUCUCGGAGGUGAACGAGUGUAACAGCAACCCCUGCAUCCACGGAGACUGCAGGGACAACCUCAAUGGGUACAGCUGUGAGUGCAGCCACGGCUGGGCCGGCACCAACUGCGACCAGAACGUUAACGAGUGCGAGUCGCAGCCCUGCGCCAAUGGCGGCACGUGCCGGGACAUGAACAACGCCUACCUGUGCGACUGCCGGCCGGGGUUCAGAGGCCCAAAUUGUCAGACAAACAUCAACGAGUGUGCGUCCAACCCCUGCCUGAAUCAGGGAAGCUGCAUCGAUGAUGUGGCGGGCUACAAGUGUAACUGCAUCUUGCCCUACACAGGAGUGAACUGUGAGGAUGUGCUGGCCCCCUGCGCCAGGCAGCCGUGUAAAAACCAGGGCGUUUGCCAUGAGUCGGAGGAUUACGAAAACUUCUCGUGCGGCUGUCCGGACGGGUGGCAAGGCCAGACCUGUGAAAAGGACGUGAACGAGUGUGUGAAGAGUCCGUGCCAGAACGGAGCCAAUUGCCAGAACUCAAUGGGUGGAUUCCAGUGCGUUUGUCGCCAGGGCUACACCGGCAUCACCUGCGAGACCGAUGUGGACGACUGCCUGCCCAAUCCGUGCCACAACGGAGCGUCCUGCUUGGACGGGGUGAACAACUUCCUGUGCCUCUGCCUGCCGGGCUGUGGCCCCAAGUGUGAAGAGGACAUCAACGAAUGCGCCAGUGACCCGUGCAGGAACGACGGCAACUGCACCGACUGCGUCAACAGCUACACCUGCACCUGCCCGCUGGGCUUCAGUGGCAUGCACUGUGAGAACAACGCUCCCGACUGCACCGAGAGCUCGUGCUUCAAUGGUGGGACGUGUGUGGAUGGGAUCAACACCUUCACGUGCCUCUGCCCCACCGGCUUCACCGGCAACUACUGCCAGCACGACAUCAACGAAUGCGACUCCAGGCCCUGCCUGCACGGGGGCACCUGUCAGGACAGCUACGGCACCUACAAGUGUACCUGCCCACAGGGCUACACUGGGGUCAACUGCCAGGACCUGGUGCGUUGGUGCGACUCCUCUCCCUGCAAGAACAGCGGCAAGUGCUGGCAAACGGGCACCACCUACCGCUGCGACUGCCAGAGCAGCUGGACCGGCCUCUACUGCGACGUGCCCAGUGUCUCCUGCGAGGUGGCUGCCAAACAGCAAGGUCUGGAGUCGGGCCUGUUGUGCCGCAACAGUGGCCUCUGCAUCGACGCCGGCAACACCCACCGCUGCCAGUGCCAGGCCGGCUACUCGGGGAGCUACUGCGAGGAGCAGGUGGACGAGUGCGCUCCCAACCCCUGCCAAAACGGAGCCACCUGCACGGACUACUUGGGCGGCUACUCCUGUGAGUGUGUUGCUGGCUAUCAUGGAAUCAACUGCUCGGAGGAGAUCAACGAAUGCCUUUCACAUCCCUGCCAGAAUGGGGGCACUUGCAUCGACCUCACCAACACCUUCAAAUGCUCCUGCCCACGGGGCACUCAAGGUGUGCACUGUGAGAUCAACCUGGAUGACUGUAGCCCCCCGCUGGACUCGCUGACCCAGGAGCCCCGCUGCUUCAACAAGGGCCUCUGCGUGGACCGGGUGGGCAGCUACAGCUGCAUCUGUCCCGCCGGCUUCGUGGGGGAGCACUGCGAGGGCGACGUUAACGAGUGCCUGUCCAACCCCUGCGAGCCGCGCGGCACCCAGAACUGUGUGCAGCUCAUCAACGCCUUCCGCUGCGAAUGCCGCCCGGGAUUCACAGGUGUCCGGUGUGAGCGGGUGUUUGACGGCUGCAUCAGCCGGCCGUGCCGCAACGGUGGGACCUGCUCCGUCGCCGGGAAUACUGCCCGCGGUUUCAUCUGUCGCUGCCCCUCGGGCUACGAGGGAGCAUCGUGCGAGAACCAGGCGAGUGUGUGCAGGAUCCUGCGCUGCCGUAACGGUGGGACGUGCAUGGUGAGCGCGGGGGGGUUGCCGUACUGCGCCUGUACCCCGGGGCGAGGGGGUCCCGACUGCCGCCAGCCCACCAGCAGCCCGUGCGAGUCGCAGCCGUGCUACAACGGCGGCACGUGCGAGCGGACGACCGCCGAGCCCUUCUACCGCUGCCGCUGCCCGCCCCGCUUCAACGGGCUGCAGUGCUUCAUCCUGGACUACGAGUUUGUGGGGGGCCGGGGUCAGGACAUCACCCUGCCCCCUGACAUGGAGGUGGGCUGUGAGAACCCGCAGUGCAGCCGGCUUGCCGCCAACCGCGUGUGCGAGGCCCGGUGCAACAGCCACGCCUGCGGCUGGGACGGUGGCGAUUGCUCCCUCAACUUCACCGACCCCUGGAAGAACUGCUCGCAGGCCUUGCAGUGCUGGCGCUACUUCGGUGACGGCAAAUGCGACGAGCAAUGUAACAACCCCGGUUGCCUGUACGACGGCUUCGACUGUCAGAGCAUGGAGUCGCAGUGCAACCCACUCUACGACCAGUACUGCAAGGACCAUUAUGGGGACGGACACUGCGACCAGGGUUGCAACAACAUGGAGUGCGAGUGGGACGGGCUGGACUGCGCCAACGACAAGCCGGAGAAGCUGGCGGACGGCACGCUGGUGCUGAUCGUGCUGGUUCCCCCCGAGCAGCUCCGCAACGACUCGGUCAGCUUCCUACGCGAGCUCAGCCGCGUCCUCCACACCAACGUCAAGUUCAAGAAGCACCCCGAAGGCGACGAGAUGGUCUACCCUUACUUUGGGAACGAGGCGGAACUGCACAAGCACCACGUGAAGAGAUCGGUGGAGGACGUCAACAGCCAGCUCACCGGCAUCUUCACCAACGUCAAGCGCUCCCUCUACACGAUGGUGAACCCGAGGGCCCGCAGAGAGCUGGAGGAGCAAGAAGUCCAAGGAUCAAUCGUUUUCUUGGAGAUUGACAACCGUCAAUGUUACCAGACGUUCUCCGACUGCUUCAGCAGUGCGACCGAUGUGGCAGCGUUCCUGGGCGCCAUGGCGUCCCGCGGCAGUCUGCAGCUCCCGUACAAGAUAGAGGUUGUGAAAAGUAAAGGGAAUCUGCCUGUCGUCAACCUCUACCCCAUGUACGUGGUGGUGUCGGUGCUCAUCUUCCUCGCCUUCAUUGGCAUGGGGGUGCUGGUGUCUCGCAAACGGCACCGCGAGCACGGGCAGCUCUGGUUCCCCGAAGGCUUCAAGGUCACCGAGUCGAGCAAGAAGAAGCGUCGCGAGCCGGUGGGCGAGGACUCCGUCGGGCUGAAGCCACUGAAGAAUGUUUCAGACGGGGCCCUCAUGGACGACAAUCAGAACGAGCACUGGGGUGACGACAGUGGCAUCGACACCAAGAGAUUUAAGUUUGAAGAACAGGCCAUCCUGUCAAACCGUGAGGACCACACUGACCACAGGCAGUGGACACAACAGCACCUGGACGCUGCUGACCUGAGACUUCCCAGCAUGGCACCUACCCCUCCCCAGGGAGAAAUCGAGCCCGACUGCAUGGAUGUCAAUGUUAGGGGCCCAGACGGCUUCACUCCGCUCAUGAUUGCCGCCUGCAGCGGAGGCGGCCUGGAGACGGGCAACAGCGAGGAGGAAGUGGACGAUGCCUCGGGCAACCUCAUCUCCGACUUCAUCUACCAGGGUGCCAACCUGCACAACCAGACGGACCGGACGGGCGAGACUGCCCUUCACCUGGCUGCCCGCUAUGCCCGCUCCGAUGCUGCCAAGCGUCUCCUGGAAUCCAGCGCCGAUGCCAACAUUCAGGACAACAUGGGCAGGACGCCACUGCACGCGGCGGUGGCUGCAGAUGCCCAGGGAGUUUUCCAGAUCCUGAUCCGGAAUCGAGCGACGGAUUUGGACGCGAGGAUGCAUGACGGCACCACGCCCCUGAUCCUUGCGGCCCGCCUGGCCGUGGAGGGAAUGGUGGAGGAGCUGGUCAACUGUCACGCUGACGUCAAUGCAGUGGAUGACUUUGGGAAGUCGGCUCUACACUGGGCAGCCGCUGUCAACAACGUGGAGGCCACCAUGGUCCUGCUGAAAAACGGAGCCAACAAGGACAUGCAGGAUAACAAGGAGGAAACGCCGCUCUUCCUGGCAGCUCGGGAGGGCAGCUAUGAGACGGGCAAGCUCCUGCUGGAGCACUUUGCCAACCGCGAGAUCACGGACCACAUGGACCGCCUGCCCCGCGACAUCGCUCAGGACCGCAUGCACCACGACAUCGUCAGGCUGCUGGACGAGUACAACCUGGUGCGGAGCCCACAGAUGCAGAUGGGUGCCAACGCCACCAGCCUCUCCCCGCCCAUCUGCUCGCCCAACGGGUACCUGGGCAGUGGCAAGCCAGCCGGCCACGGCAAAAAGUCGCGCAAGACCAGCGCCAAGGGUGCCAAUGGCAAAGAGUCCAAAGAAGCCAAGGUGAAGAGGAAGAAAUCCCAGGAUGGGAAGGGCAGCCUUGUGGACAGCUCCUCGGUCCUGUCUCCUGUCGAUUCCAUGGAGUCCUCCCACACCUACCUGUCCGACGUGGCCUCUCCCCCCCUGCUGACGCCGCCCUACCAGCAGUCGCCCUCCAUCCAACUCAACCAUCUGCAAGGGUUGGCAGUGGACGGGCACAUCAGCCUAAGCCACCUGGGCAUGGGCGGGAAGCAGGAGGCACUGGGAGGAACCAACAGGAUGGUCUUUGAAUCGGUGGCUCCUCGCCUCUCCCACCUGCCCAGCUCCAACGGGCAACCCAUGAGCAAUGCUUCGAUGGCCAUGAACCUAGGUGGGGCUGGCGGCAUGAACGGCCAGUGCGAUUGGCUGGCGCAGAUGCAGUCGGGGAUGGUCCAGAACCCAUACAACGCCAUGAGGAACCAGGUUCAAGCCCAUGCCAGGGGACUGCAGCAGAGUCAGCACGGGAUGAUCACCUCUCUGCACAACGGGCUGCCCAACACCUCCUUGUCACAGAUCGUCAGCUACCAAGGCCUGGCCAACACCGCCGCCCUGUCGCAGUCGCACCUCAUGCAGCAACCGCCCCAGGGCGUCUCAGUCCUCAACGUCAUGCCCAACGGCAACCCUCACCCCAUGGGCCAAAGCUACUGCGGGGCUGACCCCAGGCAGGCCGACCUGCCCCAGAUGGGAGGCAACGGCCUCCAGGUCCACGCCAUCUCCGCCCAGGACACGCAGCUCCUCCAGACCUCGCUGCCCACCUCCAUCAGCCAGUCGAUGGCCACCACCCAGUUCUUGACUCCCCCGUCCCAGCACGGCUACUCCUCCCCCAUGGACAACACGCCCAGCCACCAGCUGCACCUGGCUGACCACCCCUUCCUCACCCCCUCGCCCGAGUCUCCCGACCAGUGGUCCAGCUCCUCCCCUCACUCCAACAUGUCCGAUUGGUCUGAGGGCAUCUCCAGUCCCCCGACGAGCAUGCACUCCCAGAAGGCGCUUCUCUCUGAUCAGGUCUUCAAGUGAAAGCUUGCCACCCUCCUCCCACACAAACCCUGGUGCUCACCUCCCCCCUGGGUCCAUGCAACUCAGCAACACAGAGGGGGAAAGCAGUUGAGCAGAAGAUCAACAGCGGGAACCCAUCCACUGGACUUUCAAUGAACUAUCAGUGGAGUUUGUGUUCACCAUCCGAUUUUAAGCAAACAAGCAAGGAGUGGAGUUUUGUUCUGUGUUUUCCUUUAAUUUAUUUAUGUACUUUACAUUUUUACUGUUUUUAUUUUAUUUAAUACAUUAUUGUUGUUUUCAUUAUGUUUGAGAAAUCGGCGGUUUAUUUUAUCAAUGCUAACUCUCCGUUCAGCCCCUGACUGAUGGUUAGUGAAUGUGUUCCUUUUAUAGAUACCUGACACUUUUUUUAAAAAACAGAAAGAAUAGAUAGCUGGCUUUUGUGUCGAUGUAUUUUUAGCCGACUGAUCCGUUGGUAAUGAUAAAUGUAUACAAAUAGUAUGACAUAUUUAUAUAUGAGUUCUGAAUCUUUGAAGAGUAAACGUGAACAUGUGCACACUGCAUGUCUGGAGACUCUCGCCUCCUCCGACAACAGGCCAAUGGACAGUGCUGGUUCCCUGGCACGAACACGCCCUGGCAAACCCGACCCACGUCGCUCACUGGCACACCGCGCCUCUCUCGCACACACGUUCAUUGCUGUCUGCACACUCGCAGGCUGCCUCCUUCACUCCCUGUCAGCGCACACUCGUUCACACACUGGUGUGCACUCACACCCACAUCCAAGUGUGUCUUGAUGGGGGAGGGAGGGGUUCGGGUCCGUCCACCCGGGCACCUGAUGCCGUGAAUUCCAGAGGCCACAGCACGGCAGACGCCACGUUUUGAACCAGCGACAGCUCCCUUCGCGCGUUGGGUUUUCAGUAUUACCGGGGGGGGGGGGUCGUCAUUUUGAUUGUUUUCUGAUUACUCUCGUCCCGUACUUGUCAUCUCCCUCCUGAAAACAGAUCCAGGAAAUUGAACACUGGUUACCGGGAGAGUUGAUUUCAGUUUCUGUUCUUUGUGAUCAUGUUGUGCAAAAGUUUUGUUUUUCUGAUUUAUUUCAAUAAUGACACUAUGUUUAAAGCUAAAAAAUGACGAUUAAAUUAUUCUGGACGGGGGGGGGGGGGGUUGCAAGGUGAGGAUCAGAAGGUGCUGUGAGUGAAUGGGUGACAUUUUAUUCUGUUCCCUCACCCCUGCUGGGUUCCCCUCCUUUCCCUCCCUCGACCGCCUCAUGACAUGGUUGACGUUUCACUGCUGCAGAGCUGAUUGUGAUGGUGGUAUGAACCUGUCAUGAUGAUUUAGGACCAGAGCGGACCAGGGGGCAGCUGCCUGUGGCAGGUGGGAAGCUCCCCUGGUUCCGCAGAGUGAGAGGGGCCCCAGCUCCACUAAAACGCCACAGGAAAGAGGGGGUGCUGAGAGUCGCCUGCCUCUGUAUCAGUCCUGUGGGGAUUACCUUUAAAAGGAGAUUGUGUAAAAGGAUUAUUCCACUGUUCAAGCGAAAGCACCAUUUCUGUAAACCUUGUAAAUAAAGUGUUUAAUAAAAGAUUUUGUUUCAGAAAUCUGUGCAAUGUGAGACAUUAAACGUGUCCUGGCCAUGUGAUACAGUGUUUUAUAGCCUUCAAGUAAAACCCAUGUAAAACCCUCUGGAAAUUAUAAUAUAAUAACCAGCCAGAAGGGCCUAGUUUGAAAAGAUGGUGUAUUUUCUGUUAACUGCCUUUUGUAAACUGUACUUAUAACAAUAAAUGUGCCAAGGGCAUCUAGAACUGC